UCUGGAGAAAGAAUCGUAAGAUGACAACUUUCUCUUGUGUUUUUUUUUUACCCUGAAGUUUUUUUAGUUGGUGUUGUAAGCCGUAGCAUGAGACAAGAGAAGGUUGCGCCCGCCUCACUGUCUUAUUGGUAAAGAAGAAUGUUGCAGGACUCAAGAUUUCUAAUGUCUGAAUCUAAACGUGUUCAGGCAGAACACAAGGCUUUACCUUAUCUAUGUUCAUCUGUUGCCUAUUUACCUUACAGUUCACAGACACAUGGUUGACUGGCAAUCUUGUUUACUAAUUAUGCUUAUAAUACGCAAAUUGACAACAUCUACUAGCGAUUUCAAAUGUUGAUAAUGUCCUCCUCAAUCACCAUCAUUAGUCAUUCAAAUCAAUACAACAACUAAUGUGAGACAUCGAUCGAGCAAUACAAUGAUAUACAACAACCUUAAUAUAAAUAAACGCUUUUGCUCUCAAAUUCUUUUAGCAAGAUUUGUUUUCACUUCCCAAAUAAAAUUCGUGUAUGUGUGUCAAACGAAUAAACUUGGUGGGGCAAGUCCAUUUAUUUGGUUGGAGUAAAUUGGAAAUACAAAGAAAAGAAAAAAGUUGUCAGACCAAAACUUGGUGACCAAGGCCAUUCAUUAUACAGUACCUUAUAUGGAUCGAGGGUUUUAGCUGGACAAGAUUACCAAAUUCCUUCCAUUAGGGUUUUUUUUCUUGCUUUUCUCUAAGUACAUAAUUCCUAUCUCAUGUCUCUGCUUCUUAGCCGUCUCUCUAGGAUCCGCCCAGGGAAACCUGCGUCCCUGAGAUCAUCUCUUCUUCUUAUUCUCUCUAAUGGUUUCUCAACUUCCUUGCUGCAAACUCCUCCUUGUUCCAUCAUCCGCGCUAUUCCUUGUGGAGGGGGUCUCGGAAAACUCAUCGUUAGCUAUGCUAAUGACGGUGGCAUCACUAGUUUGGAAAAGAAGGUUCCCCUGGAGUUGAUAAUGAAGAGAGUUAUCAAAGAGAUGGUAACGAUCGGAGCAUCUCAUGGGUGGAUAGCUACUUUCGAUAUGGAAGACGAAGUUCUGCGACUCCAAGACGAUCUAAACCCUGCUGCAUCGGAUACACAUCCGAAACGUAUUCCCCUGCCUUAUCUUGUUACUCUGCCUCAUUGCCAAACCGAGAUUAUCACCAACGUGUCAAUGUCCACACCUUCUCCAGAGGAUGAAGACUGUAUUGUUGCUGUCAAGUUCUUUGGACCUCAACUCAGCUUUUGCAAACCCUCUCAAAGUAAACCCAAGUGGCACAACAUAAGCUUCGAUAACCGUUGUUUUUACUCCUCCCGUAUCAUCUUUUCCAAGAAAGACAACAUGUUUCGUAUGCUCGGAUCUGGAGGCCAUCUAAUCGCAUCAUGGGAUCUCAGUGAACACAAGCGCAAACCCAUGCUUCAGAAGGUGCGUUAUCAAAACCUUUCCGAGCUGACAGAGACCAAACGGGAGCAUCUGUAUUCGUGCUUCACAAGCGACCACUUGGUGGAGUCAGAAUCCACGGGUGAAACUUUCUUGGUGAAGUGGUACCAGGAGACUGCUGAGAUCGUCGACGGUGUUGCGAAAAUGAAAACAAAAGAUGUAUUAGUGUUCAAGCUUGACGAAGAAGGGAACGCGGUUUACACUAAUGACAUUGGAGAUCUCUGCAUGUUCCUCUCAAAGUCAGAACCUUUCUGUGUCCCUUCUGCUUCUUUUCCUGGCAUGGGCAGAAACAACGUCCUAAUCUGGGAUGUGGACGGAGACACAUUUUUGCAUCUGGAUGAUUCUUACCCCAUCAUUACUCAUGUUGGCGAACUCUCGGCCCCUUUCCACAUUCCACCUCAAAAUCUAAACUAGAAUUUUGGAAUGGAGGAGGAGUCUCUCAGUUAUGCAUCCACGAUUAUGCAUAACACCAAACCUUUGGUAGAGACUCGCUCAAGUGUGACGAAGUAAAAAUAUUGCUGGAGUUUUAAUUUGCUUAGGUACCAUUCUAAUUGCCUUUGGUGCAGU